UAAGCUUUGUGAUGUGUCUGUUCCCAGAGUAUUCUAUGAUAUUGGCGAUACCAACACCCUCCUGACCAUCAAAAGCGCUUGAGCAGCAGAUUCAGAGAAGUUUGAGGUCUUUGUGAAAAACCGUUACUGAACAGAUCAGUCUUUCUUUCGCGUCGACAUCCUCCGAGACCUUUAAUUCAUUCACAAACACAUCUUAGUUCUUUUCUUGUGGUUUACUUGACAAGAAUGACCUUUGUCUCCAAAGGACAGCAAACAGUGCUGUAUCUGUAUUUAUGCUAAAAUAAAAGGUGGGCGGCUUCCUGAAGACCACCGUCUUGGAAAAUGUCACAUUUGAUUUCUGUCUUAACCUUAUUUUUGUUGUCCAACUUAAAUAUAAUUGUAUGCACAUUUCUAAAAGAUCUGUCAUCUUUAACAGAUUUUUAACUGAGAAGUGUAUUAAAUCUGGGUAAAAAUUCGCAUACGUCAAUGCCGAGACGUAAUAUUCAUUAAAAACAUUUUUUUAACAAAAUGUUUUUUUUAACAUAAUGAUAGCUCAGUUGUCAAUAUGGUGUUUUAAAUAUCCAUGUAAGGUCUCUCUUAAAGGAUUUAAAGCAUUUUAUACAACUUUUCAAGCAUUAUUUUUUCAGUCGAGUAGGUGCCAUUUUCAGACUUGUCACAUUCGUAACAGUCCAUAUUCUUCAUGAAUGGGAAAAUUGAAUUAAAAUAACUUAAAACGUAUGUUCUGUGAAGAGCCAUCCCGUCCAUUUGUUGGGUAUUAUUGCUUCUGGUUUGUGCCUUCACAGAAAGUCUUUAAAGCAUAUAGUCUCUCUCAAAUGUGUACUUCACACAUAUUAAAUACAAAACAUUUGUAUAAACUGAUAUUUUCCUGAUCUCUGGACUUUCACAACAGGGGUUUAAGAAAUAUAGUUUCUAUUCUGCAAAUGUCUCUCUGGAAAAAAAGACGUUUUUGACAAAAGGCUAAAAUCUAUGAUGUGACCCAAAUUCUCCCCACCAAAUUGUUUACGAACUUUCUCAGUUUUUGGUGCAUGACUGUUACGUGUAGUGUGUCAUGAAUACCAACGAUGUGCACUCUGUAAUAAACACGACACAGUGCGCGAACUUUGAGGACUCUCCCUAUCUUUCAUUCUGAGGACGGUCUCAAGGCCCCCUCGCGUAACUCGUGCCAAAAAAGUUCGCAAGAAAGUUUUCCGCAAUAACUCCAAACCGGACCAUUGCUCGGUGGUAUAAAUUCAAACCAUGCUCGCCGUGCUAACACCGACAUACAAUAUCCCUCGGACGUCGAAAAUGCGCCUUUGAGUCAGAAUUGAUCGUUCUUUUACGGCGAGGCCGAGAGAUCUUUUAAACUUUGUUUGCGUGUUGGACUUUGUAAAUUUAAAGGGGCAACGCGUUUGACUGAAAUACGAUUGGGACAGUUUGUACAAAUGUAGAUUACUUGGCUAGUUUUGGUAAAAGAAGAAAAUCACACGAUGGGGAGCGGAGCAAACUAUUAAAACAACAAUAAAAGAAAGUUACACUGAGCGAACGACGUUUUAAAGGGUCAAACCGUUCUUGGUUUGUCGGACCACCACCGUCCUAUUUUUUAUUUAUGAGUACCUUUUAUAUAUGUGAGUAUAGUAGUACUAAAAAGCGGUUUGUAUCCAUGUCUGUAUCUCGUCCCUGUGUAUAAAUUCCGAACCGUAGUGUGCUUCGCUUAGUUAAAGUUUUACGCUCGCUUUAGGUGUUGCCGCUUUAAGACGAGGGGUGCCUUGAAACCGGCGAGUUCCAUGUUUGUAUCUGAAAUUGAGAGCAGAGCCGAGCUCCAUGUUGUGAAAAGUUAUCAUCUACAAACUUAACUUUUUAUCAUCAUUUCUAUUUAAGUUUGCUUUUCGUCUAACUUAUACCAGCACGGAAGUCGCAUUAAUCCUUGUAUGGUCCCGCACUAUGCAUAUUCUCGGGCGGUAAAAGUCAUUCGCAGGGAGGUUUUUUUUUUUUCAAUUCAAACGUAGCCAGCGGAAAUAUUUUAAUACGAAAACCUCUUUUCGCUCGCGCUUGGACCCGCUCUACAGAUCUCAUGGACCACCCGUCCUCCUCUAUCAUCACGCAAGUCAGCAGGGAUGAAGACGCGCCUUUACGGGACAAGAGUACCCCUCCACAUGCUGCAUCCUCCUCGAAGAAACCCCGCAGUCGUGGUAUUUUCCGCAGUCUCUUCUGCUGCCUCUGUCAUGACGAAACGGAUCAGCUGCCCGUCAAUAACAACGCCCCGCUCCUGGUGGAGGAGAAUGGAACCAUUUCAAAAGUCCCAGCCAAACCACUUCUUUCCCAAAUAAAGUCUAAAGAUGUUGGAAAGAUCUGUGUAGUGAUUGAUCUGGAUGAAACACUAGUCCACAGUUCAUUCAAGCCGGUGAAUAAUGCAGACUUUAUCAUUCCAGUGGAAAUUGAUGGAACAGUACAUCAGGUGUAUGUUUUGAAGAGACCACACGUUGAUGAGUUUCUCAAACGAAUGGGAGAAAUGUUCGAGUGCGUGUUAUUCACCGCCAGCUUAGCCAAGUACGCUGAUCCCGUCUCAGACCUGCUGGACAAGUGGGGUGCUUUCCGAAGCCGUCUUUUCCGGGAGUCGUGCGUGUUCCACCGCGGGAAUUACGUUAAGGACCUUAGCCGUCUAGGCAGGGAUCUCAACAAAGUCAUCAUAGUGGACAACUCACCCGCCUCUUAUAUCUUCCACCCAGAUAUGCUGUAUGUACCCGUAGCCUCCUGGUUUGACGACAUGUCAGACACAGAGCUUCUGGAUCUCAUCCCUUUCUUCGAGAGACUGAGUAAGGUGGAUAACGUCUACACUGUGCUCAAGCAGCAGAGGACUACUAGCUAG